UAACAAACGUCUUAUUCAAAUUGAAAUAGAAAGAAUCUGUGGACCAUCAUGUAUACAUUACACCACUUUACAGCAAGGGCAGAUUUAAGCUUAAAUUAUGCAAAAAUUUAAUAUUUUUAUAUAUUUUCUAGAAUUGAUUUGAUAUUAUUAUCUGUUGUCAUUCGUGCUCUUAAAAGACUAGAAUGCAUAAGUGGUGCAUCAUGUUCUAAAAAUCCUAAAUACCGUCUGCAGUUAAUUUUACAGCACAAAGAUUCAUCACUGCAGCUGCUACUGAUUACAGUGAAGAACAUUCAUGAAUGUGCAGAGAGGAAUUGGGGAAAGUAGAGAGAGAAUUUUUGGAGAAGAUAUUUUCUCAUUUUUCGCAAUUUUUCAGUUUGCUCAGCAAUGGAACAUGCUGAAGCCAGCCCUUUCAAAAGAUCCCCUCUUGGUUUGGAUGAAACCUCCGAGGAAGAAUACUCGUCUCUGUCUACUCUACUCCAACAAUUUGCCAGCAUCCCUACCAUUGACAAGGCAUGGACUUUCAAAUCUACCAGUGGUUCGCAGUGUAUGUUCUCAAUCAGCCAGCCAAAUCUAUUUGCCAACAAGAACAGGAGAUACAUAUUAUCUAGUUAUAUAUCGAAGGGAAGUACAAAUGGUGUAAGUUUUCAAUGGGCUGCUUUCCCUAUUGAGAUGCCUGGUGGAUCUAUAAUGGUUCCAUCAUCUUCAGGUUCAAAGCUUCUUGUUGUUAGAAAUCCUGAAAAAGAUUCUCCAACCAAAUUCGAGAUUUGGGGUCCAUCUCAAGUCGAAAAGGAAUUCCAUGUCUCGCCUUCUGUCCAUGGCUCUGUAUAUUCAGAUGGAUGGUUUGAGGGAAUUUCAUGGAAUGAUGAUGAAACCUUUAUUGCAUACGUUGCUGAGGAGCCGGCUCCCUCUAAACCUGUGUUUACGAAUUCUGGCUACAAGAAAGGGAACUCUUCAGAUAAGGAAUGUGGUAGCUGGAAAGGUCAAGGGGAUUGGGAAGAGGACUGGGGCGAAACCUAUCCUGGAAAAAGAGAACCUGCAAUUUUCGUUAUCAAUGUUAACAGUGGAGAAGUACAUCCUGUUGAAGGAAUAAAGAGGCUUAGUGUUGGACAAGUUGUGUGGGCUCCAACUUCUAAAGGCCUGCAGCAAUAUCUGGUUUUUGUGGGGUGGCCAUCAGAUACUAGAAAGUUCGGCAUUAAGUAUUGCUAUAACCGUCCGUGUGCUUUGUAUGCUGUUAGAGCUCCGUUUUCAAAAUCAGAAGAUCAUCAAUCUGAAACUAAUGCAAUUGAAGAAGCAUCUCCAGUUAAGCUGACACAAAGAAUAAGUAGUGCAUUCUUUCCUCGUUUCAGCCCAGAUGGGAAGGCCCUGGUGUUUCUGUCUGCAAAAAGUUCUGUAGACUCUUGGGUGCAUUCUGCAACUCAAUCACUUCAUAGAAUUGAUUGGUCCAUAGAUAGAAAACCAAGUCCAGAUGCUGACAUUGUUGAUGUGGUUCCUGUUGUGAUGUGUCCAGAAGAUGGAUGCUUCCCUGGCCUUUAUAGUGUCAAUUUUCUUAGUAAACCUUGGCUUUCGGAUGGAUAUACCAUGAUUGUAUCUUCUGUCUGGGGCAGCACUGAAGUAAUACUUUCAGUGAACGUGUUGAGUGGAAAGGUGUCACGCAUUAGCCCUGGAAACUCGAGCUUCUCUUGGAGCUUGCUUGCGCUAGAUGGUGAUAACAUCAUUGCUUUCUGUAGCAGUCCCUCUGAUAUUCCAGAAAUCAAGUACAGCAGCAUUGUUGGAACGUCAUCUGCAGAGGUGUUAGCAAGUUGGCAAGAUAUCACGAGCCCCAUAUAUAGAUGCUCUGAAAAGGUGACUUCUCUACUGUCAUCCCGCCAAUCUAGUAGUAUCAAAAUUCCGAUCAAGGAUAUCUCUGAGAACCUUACCGCAGGUGCCAGCAAACCUUAUGAGGCUAUCUUCGUGUCUUCCAAGUGUAAGAGCCAUGAUCUGUGUGAUCCGCUAAUUGUAGUCCUUCAUGGGGGUCCUCACUUCAUUACAUUGUCAAGCUUCUCGAAAUCCUUAGCUUUCCUUUGUUCAAUUGGUUAUAGCUUGUUGAUUGUUAAUUAUAGAGGCUCCUUGGGUUUCGGUGAGGAAGCACUGCAAUCUCUUCCGGGCAAAAUUGGAUCACAGGAUGUUAAUGAUGUGCUAGCUGCUAUAGAUCAUGUCAUAGAUAUGGGUCUUGCAGAUCCAUCUAAAAUAAAUGUGCUUGGUGGUUCCCAUGGUGGAUUCCUGACAACACACUUGAUUGGCCAGGCACCCGAUAAGUUUGCUGCUGCAGCUACUAGGAACCCUGUCUGCAGCCUUCCGUUGAUGGUUGGAACAACUGAUAUCCCUGAUUGGUGCUAUGCAGAGAUGUUUGGACAUCUGGGAAAAUCAAUGUUUACUGAAGCUCCUUCAUCUGAACACCUUGCCGUCUUUCACAGCAAAUCACCUAUAUCACACAUUUCCAAGGUCAAAACUCCUAUACUCUUCUUGCUAGGUGCCAAGGACCUCCGUGCACCAAUAUGUACAGGCUUGCAAUAUGCUCGUGCAUUGAAGGAGAAAGGAACUGAGGUCAAGGUGCUGCUGUUUCCGGAGGACAAUCAUGCAAUUGACAGGCCACAGUCUGAUUUCGAAAGCUUUCUUAAUAUUGGAGUGUGGUUCAAGAAGCACUUCAAAUAGACAUAUAUGAUUCAUUCCUUUGCAAGAAGAUGAAGAACAACGAUUAUACUCCUUCGAUUCAUGUUCAAGCUCUCAUCUCAGUUGAAGAUAUGAACAUUUUACAUAUGUCACCUAAGGAAAUUGGUUAUACGUACAUACUUGACCUUUGCAAUGACAGGCCUAUGUCAAACUAAAAUGUAUGUAAAAUAAACAGUUCCUCUGUUGUGCAGUUCAAUAAAUCAUCAAAAGGAGUCCAUCUUUAAAUUUUCUUGUUCAUUUAUGGGAGAAUUUUUUGUAUAGCAACUUCUUCCAAAAGUAUUUGUCAUAUGCAAGGACAAAUGUGGUAAAUUUCCUAUGUGCAAUGAGCAGCUAAUAGACAAGAAUUGAAAGUUUUCAGUAUA